UCAACCUUCAGGUUCUCUAAUCUCUCUAAUUCAAACUCAAAACCUUCCACGUCCAUUCUCCAUUUUUCUCUCUUCCUCAGCGAAAAUGAAGAGCGGUGAUGCAACCAUUGAGGUUCCAGCUGAGUCAUCCCGUGCGGCAGAGAAGGGGAAAGCUCCUCUGAUUGCUGUCACUGCCACCCCACAUGAGAACAGGAAGUACAAGAAGGGGAUUGCCAUCUUCGACUUCAUUCUCAGAAUAGGUGCCAUAGUCUGCAUCCUGGCCGCAGCUGCCGCCAUGGGAACCAGUGACGAAACACUUCCUUUCUUCACUCAAUUCUUCCAGUUUGAAGCUAGUUAUGAUGAUCUGCCCACGUUUCAGUUCUUCCUCAUUGCGAUGGCACUUUCCGGCGCCUACCUAGUCCUUUCCCUUCCCUUCUCCAUCGUCACCAUCAUCCGCCCCCUUGCGGUGGCACCAAGACUUCUCCUCCUCAUUUUGGACACCGUGGCGCUGACCCUAACCACGGCAGCUGGUGCAGCUGCAGCUGCAAUCGUCUAUCUUGCUCACAACGGUAACCCCAACACGAACUGGCUGGCUAUCUGUCAGCAAUUCGGCAAUUUCUGCCAGCAAGUGAGUGGCGCUGUGGUGGCAUGUUUCGUGGGUGUGUUGAUCUUCGUGCUGUUGAUUCUGCUGUCUGCUUUGGCUCUGAAAAGGCACUAGUUAAGAAACGGGAUUAAUAUGA